AUGGCCGCUGAUCGCCAGGACCAGUUGUCCGUCAACGACAACCGCGCGGCCGACGCUCUCCUCGCAAUCGUCGAGUCAGUGCCAACACCCGAGUUGUCCGCCACCUCCCCCACAAUUGGACGCUUUCCAAGAAGAUCUGCUCCAACGGCUCCAAUCGAGAGACAAGGACGAAGACAUGCAGCUGCCGGCAUGGGAAAGAAGAGGCAAGCAGCCAACCCACCAAGCCCGCUACAGAGAAACACGCCAGAGAACGCGACAUACUCCACUACGCGCAAUCUCACUAGUCUUGCUCUCGCCGCCGCAGCAAAGCAUCACGGAGCCGCAGAAGGAGAUGGUAUUACCGCGAGGCGAGCACAGCUGCAAGCUAGAUCCGCACCACUCACGCCUGCAAAUCGCACAGAGUCCGCYGCGCAAGGGACACCUCUCAUGGUCUUGACAGAGAUGCAAGCUCAACGACAGGAGGGCAGGGAUUCCGGAAAUGAGCAGCGACCAGAGGCAAGGGAUGAUGGCGACGAGGCGUGGAUUGAGAGAUGGAGGACGGAAUGGAGMGGAGGGGGAGACUUGGAACCCGUAGAGGAGGAAACUGAGAGACAGAAAAGUACUCGGCUCGGGAGGGAAGGGGAGGAGAAGGGAAGGCCGGGUGGAGAAGAGGAGUGGAUAGAGAGAUGGAAGGGCGAAUGGACUGGAGGUGGAGAUCUGGAAGUUGAAGAGGACGGUGGCCACCUCGAGGCCGACUGCUUCACUAAGCACCCGGAGAAGAAGGUGGAGUUCGAAAAGAAGAAGCCAUCCGCGCGGGAUAAGAAGAAGGCGAAAGAUGAGAAGGAGGAGGAAAGCCUCUCUCAUAGCAACUUCCAUACCACCCCUUCGCCUCCCGCUCUUACGACGGCCCUUUCACCGGCGCCUCCACACGACUUCGGACACCAGCGCGCCUUUGCGGCGACAGAGGGUUCUCCCUCACCUGAUCCCCGCCAACUCCCUUAG